UCUGCUGUCAGCAACACAUCCCUAACUACCACAGAAGUGCUCACCUCAACAUCGACAGACUCUGCUCCAGGGACCACAGCUCCGAGGAUUACUCAGAACUCUACAACGACCGUCACAAAAGUCUCAACCACAUCUUUACCACAGAAACUGUCAACAGGGUCAACACCCAGCCUCUCUACUCAGGAACUGACAACCCUUCCUCAGAGCCAACACACUGGAAUCCUGGAGACCAGCAGCCACUCUCAAAUUACCACAACCAAAGAGGUGACCACAAGUGGCCAAAAUCAGACACAGACAGGUUCCCAGAUACAACCCUCUCCUGAUGCAACAACCACCUCACAUGCUCCAAGUGUGAGCAGCUCACCUCCCAGUACAUCAGACAGGUUAUCCCCAACACCCACCACAGAGAACAUUUCCGUAGACACAGCACACACAACAGGAAUAACCACUCAAGGAUCUACACCUGCCACCACACUGGCCUCGAUGACAACUUCAUCCCAGAAAAUGUCAACAGUGUCAACAUCCAUCACCUCAACUCAGAAAUUGUCAACCCUUCCUCAGAGCCAACACACUGAAACCAUGGAGACCAGCAGCCAACCUCAAACCACCACACCCACAGCAGUGACCACAUCAACUCUUUCAGGCUCCUCAAAUGAUCAAAUUCUGACACACACAGGAUCCCAGAUAACACAGUCUCCUGAUGUAAAAACCACUUCAUAUGCUUCCAGCAUGAGCAGCUCACCUCCAUCCUCCACAGAAAGCACCUCUAUGGCCACAGCGUACACAAGGGCAAUAACUACUCAGGGUUCUACACCUGCCACCACACAGGUCUCACCAAACAGUUCAUCCCAGAAAAUGUCAACAGUGUCAACACUCAGCCUCUCUACUCAGGAAUUGAUAACCCUUCCUCAGAGCCAACCCACUGGAAGCAUGGGGACCAGCAGCCAACCUCUAACUACCACAAACUCAGAGGUGACCAGAAGUGGCCAAAUUCAGACAGAGACAGGUUCCCAGAUACCACCUUCUCCUGAUGCAACAACCACCUCACAGGCUCCUAAUGUGAGCAGCUCACCUCCCAGUACAUCAGAGAGCUUAUUCCCGACACCCUCCACAGAAAGCACCUCUGUAGACACAGCACACACAACAGGAAUAACCACUCAAGGAUCUACACCUGCCACCACACAGGCCUCGAUGACAAAUUCAUUCCAGAAACUCCCAACACUCAGCACAUCUACUCAGGAAUUAACCUCCUCUCAGACACCUCCAUGGCCACAGUGCACACAAGGGCAAUAA